AGGAGUGCGCCAACGCCCUGGGCAUGCACUCGUAUGACAUUCCAGACAAGGCCAUCACCGCAAGCUCGUCCUACGACAAAACUUCUGUUGGUCCUGAAAACGCUAGAAUUCGACAUGAGAAGAAGGGCGGAGCCUGGUGUCCACGGAGACAAAUUGAGGAGAACGUGUACGAGUACUUGCAGAUAGACUUGGGUAAACUGAUGGUGAUCACAAAGGUUGAAACUCAAGGACGGUUCGGUAACGGACAGGGUAAAGAAUUUGUCACCAAUUAUCUGCUGGAGUACCAGAGAGAGGAUGAAGGCAACUGGUUCAGGUACAGAAACAGGAACUCUGAAGAGAAAUUCAAAGGCAAUAGAAACGUUUACCUGGCAGACAUAAGAGAUGUGGACCCGCCAAUUAUCGCCAAAAGAAUCCGUUUCAUCCCAUACAGCGAGAGCCCAAGAACAGUGUGUAUGAGAGUGGAGAUGUACGGAUGUACCUGGAAUGACUCGCUGAUUUCUUAUUCAAUGCCCCAAGGUCAUCGUCGGGGUGCAGAAGUGGACCUGUUUGAUUUCACAUAUGAUGGGAUAAUUGAAGACCGGUAUUUACGAGAUGGACUGGGACAGCUGACAGAUGGAGAUGUGGGUGAGACCAACUUUAGACUUGACACUAAAAAAAUGGGGAUCAAAGGUUACGAGUGGGUUGGAUGGAAAAAUGACUCCAUGUCAAAUGAACCUGUUUCUAUUUUGUUCAAGUUUGAUUCAGUGCGGAACUUUUCUCAGGUUGUCAUACAUUCCAACAAUCAUUAUACAAAGGAUGUCCGCAUUUUCCGCCAUGCAGAAAUUUUCUACAGUAUAGGUGGCCAGUAUUUUUCCCCUCAAACCACCAAAGUGAAUUUUCAGCAGGAUGAUUAUUUUGAGAAUGCUAGGCCAGUGAUACUGAGAAUGCAGAACAAAAUUGGAAGAUUUGUACGAAUAGAUCUGUACUUCCAGGCAAGAUGGAUCAUGAUCAGUGAAGUCUCUUUCACUUCCACUGAAGCAGUUGGUAACUUCACAGAGGAAGCACCUCCCCCCACAACUCCGACACCACUGACGACAACUUCCACCAAGAAAGACAUGUUUAAUGCCUUCAGUGUGGACGGCAACACCAAGGCACACACCCCAGAUGCAGCUGAGGCUUCAGGAACUGAUGGAGCCGGCAGCUUUGAUGUUGGAGGCGAUCAUAAUGGAUACGGGUCUCGUGAUGGGCAAGGCAACAGCUCUGAAUCACACGAAGUUCCUCUCGAUGAGAAAGAAAACAAGGAAUACGAUGACGAGUACAUCAGCAUUAUCAUCGGGGCUCUGGCUGCUCUGAUAUUUCUUCUCCUGUGUGUCAUUCUGAUAUUCUUCUGUCGACACAAGCGAAGGAAGAACAAUAACAAUCGCCGUGGCCACAAACCUGUAAGCAACAGUCAUGUUACUAUCAAUCUCAAUGACUUGCGGGGAAACACAAACGGAAAGGUUUCCAAUGGAAAUAUGUACAACAGUAUUGCUACAGAUGAGGCAGAUUCUGACCGUGAUGCUGGUGGGUGUUGUAGCGGUGGAGCUGGCAGUGAAAAGUUUGCCUGUAAACCUGCAUAUAUCCAACCACAAGACAGUAUUCAAGGAUCAGAGCUGAGAGAUUACGCAGUCCCUGACAUCACCAAAUCAGGUCUUGUUGUCAACCUGCCGCCGAGAGUUUCAGCCCCCAACCAACUGGCUAUCCUGGACAAACCCCCCAACUAUGACGCUCUCUACGCUGCUGCGGAUAUCGUCAAUGUUCACGGAGGAAGUGUUCCCAGCAUGCAAGGGGUCAGUGGAAACAACGUGUAUGCUGUGCCAAAUGCAGAUCUGCUGUGUAGCAUCGACUAUACGGUGAUGGAGCUACAGAGAGAGGAUCUCAGAUUUGUGGAAGUCUUAGGAGAAGGACAGUUUGGAGAAGUUCACCUGUGUGAAGCCAUGCACGGUGAGGAGCUGAUGGUGGAUGAGUACAUGCUGAACAGGUCCUUGCCGCGUGGUCCAAUCUUGGUGGCGGUCAAGAUGCUGAGACCAAAAGCUGAUGAUCGAGCCAG